UCUCUACAAGCUGGCCUUGGACUUUUAACUUCACUUUCCUUACACUUACACUUUCUAGCCUUCCAUUCCUCUUGCUUCCUCUUUAAGAACGAAGAUGUCUUCUAAUCCAACUCGACCAAUCGUUUUCAUGGAUGUCAAUAUCGGCGAGACACCCGCAGGUCGUCUAAAGAUGGAGUUGUUCAGUGAUAUAGUACCAAAAACGGCGGAAAAUUUCCGUCAACUAUGUACUGGUGAAUACCGUGUGAACUCCCGACCUCAGGGAUACAAGGGGGCCACUUUCCACAGAGUAGUUCCAAAUUUCAUGUGCCAAGGUGGCGAUUUCCUCAAGGGCGAUGGUACAGGAUCAUUCUCAAUAUACGGCGACAAGUUCCCAGAUGAGAACUUCCAGGAAAAGCACACUGGACCCGGCCUCUUGUCAAUGGCUAAUUCUGGUCCCAACACCAACGGUUGUCAGUUCUUCAUCACUACUGCGAAGUGUGAUUUUCUGGACGGGAAGCAUGUCGUCUUUGGCAAGGUCAUUGAUGGCAUGUUGACUCUUCGCAAAAUCGAGAAUGUGCCUACCGGUCCCAACAACAGACCUAAACUGGCUGUCAAGAUAGUUGAAUGUGGGGAAAUGUAAACACAAUUUACAGUAACAUAUCUCCUUUUACUUAGUCGCAAGACUGGCAUGUACAAGUACCGUAUUUUAUGUAUCUUUGUCCGUUUCCAACUCAGACCCAGUUCGCC